UGGAAAACGUUGAUUUUAAUGCUAAUUUCAGAAGCAUUUACAGCGAAAAAGUGCAUCAUUUUUUAAUUUUAGUUGUGUUUUGCGCUGUCGUAAAGAAAAUAAUUGGUUCUAAAUUCCGGUUUUCCUGCAAUUACGAAUUGAAGAUUACAGUGCGAAGGGUUUCCUCAGGAAGUCUGGCGCAGACUGCAAAUUCGACGGCGUGAAACAAGGCACUGCUGGCGAUAAAACCGAUUUCUAAACCGUGACAACAAUAUGGAAGCAACAGGCUGCAACGUCCGGUACUAGCAGCAACAAAUACUACUACAAUACUACAAUGGGAUCUAGGAAUCGUGUACCCUCGCAACAGAUUCGGGACGACUUUCUGCUGGAAACAAACUUUGACGACGAUGGAACACUAACCAGAGCUUAUAAUACUUUAAAUAAUGCGCAAAAUGGACAGGGAAACCGCGAGUCCGGACCAUAUCCGCAGCCACAGCAGAGAAGCCUUAGUCGGCGGAGCCUCGCUUAUCGGUCCAACUUAUCAGUAGAUCGGUACUCCGAUAAUACGAUACACGACCGGCGGUCUAAAGGGGACUGCUGCCGAUCAUGUAUGACCCGUGUUCCGUACGCUACGUUGAUAGCGACGGUCAUGUGCCUUAUCGGCGUGGGUAUCUUCUGCGGCACCAUGUAUCGCGGCACAUCGCUGGCGAUUAUCAUGCUCGAUCAGGUUUUCCAUCUUCGAUUGGUGUGGAUUGAGGCAGUCCAGUUGGUCUUCGUCAUAAUUGGCGCUUCGAUGGCCGCACUCGGGCUAAUGAUUCUAUUUGUGGGUUUCCUCGCCACUGGAGCCACCCGAUAUAAGGUUUACCGAGCGUGGGGCUCACGAGUUGGCGGCCGUAUCACCUGUGCUGUAUUUAUGGGCAUUACAUACUUGCUGAAGAUUAUUUGGAUUGUGAUCUUUUGUUUUCUGGGCAUAGUUACCUUCAUGUUUACGGUAUUCUGGAAAAUGUGCGAAAAUCCGAAUGUCCAAUCCCACCGAAACUGUAUUGAUUUGACUCAGUUUUACUUCAUGUUUCCGGCGGGUGUGAAACAAGAGGACAUGAAUAUUUGUGAACAAAGCAAAGUGAAGGCCUUUUGCAAGGACGGUGUAGAGAAGUGUGAAAUUAUGUUUAUUCUGGCAACGGUGAGCUGCUUGUUAAUCAUCCUGAGCUUGGUUCACUAUUUAAUGUGCCUGGCUGCCAACUACGCCCACAUUCGGGACCAUGAAAAGUUCCAAGAGCUGCAGGAGAUACAAAACUUAACCGAAAUGGAGUUCACGGCUGCGUCGAAGGAUCGGUUCUAGGAUACCGUCCAGGAGAUUUAUAUUGAGCACAGCACCUGAUGAUCGACAGCUUACGGUGCUUUACGAGCAGCUUACGUUUAAGUUCUCUUAGUUACACAGCUUAGUGAGAUUGCGGUAUUUUCUUCUAGGCUGAGUUUUCUUUCUGAUGUAGAGAGUAAGUUUUCCAAUAAGUCCCAUUCAUUUCAGUUAAAAUUUCAAGUUCUAGUUAUUGACCAAGUAGCUAGCAUGAAUUUGUCCGUCCAUUUUUUUAACGUUCUCGUUAUCAUUCCAUUCUUUUUAAUUGCUCAAUGUGAGUGCUCCUGGAUCCAGUUAGUAGGUACUUUUGUAGGCGAUUAUUGCCCAAAAAUCAACAGAAACGAACAAUCGAAAACGACACAACAUGAAAGCACAAAGAAUCGCUAAUUCCAUAAGAGAAGAAACAAGGCUGACAAUCUAGCAAUAAUCUUUUUGUGCAACCAUUUACACAUUUAACGGCAGUUUAUUGCAUCUACAAACAGAUUAACAAAAGCCGAGAAGAGAAAAGAACAUAUAAAACAAAGACAUACUGAACGUUAGUUGGCAUUAAUGUCAAAGUUGGUUUUCUAUUGUCACAUGCUAUGGCACUACAUAGGUACUAUUCAACCUUGUAGUCAAAAUUAUAAACCAUACAUUUUUUAUGCAAAUAUGUUUUUGCUUUAGAUAGCUACAUAAGUGAAUAACCGAUUAAAGUCGGGUCUCUUUGAUUAAUUAAAAUAACUAUUGUUGAUCGUUAUUACACAUACAUGAAUGAUCUGUAGAAUGAUUUUAGCAUAAAGUCAUCAUUAAACAAAAUUCCCAAACAGUUGAACAAUUAAACAUAUCCGGAAUCCAAAAUAUAAGUGCUCCUUUCCCAUACACAAAAUAGCAUAGAAGAUGAAACUGAUAAGUUGACCAACCUAAACAACACCGUGUGAUAUCGUAGAAAUUGCCGAACAGAUGUUCAUGUUCAGUAGUGAAAAGUAGCAAGGAAGAUAGCGCCCGAACAUUGCUUAGACCGACAACCGUUAUAAAUUAAGAUUCCCGCGGACAUGCCGGAAAAAUAAAGAAUUGGCUCUAAUACGGAUAAAUCCCAGUAAGGUUUCCAAGACAGUCUUCAUCCGUAGCAAGGCGAAAUUUUUUACCCAUUCAUAAAAAUCGAUGUAGAUGUGAAUCAACCAAGCUCAUUAAAAAGGGAUGGUUCAUAGACCGUACUAAGGAGAUUGAAUGUAUAUUUACAGUUUUGAUAGGAACACCAAUAUGAAUGCUUAUUGUAACCUCAAAAAAAUAUAUAAAUUUAGAAAGAUGUACAAUCCAAUGCAGCACACAUAAUUAUUCAAACAAUCAUUAACCUAAUUGUCUAUAAUCGCAUUACCGUAAUCAUUUUCAACAACAUUUCACUACGAUCAUAACUACCUUUCGUAAAUUCAAGUAUUUAAUCAGUAUUUGUUAUAUUCCAUACCUAGUAAGAAGCUGCUUUAUAAUCUUAAUAACAAAUCUAUCACCUAACUCCGUUUGUAAUGAUUCUAUUCCAACGUAUUCUUAGAUAUAGUAAUGCUUUCUCUAUCUCGCAAAUGCCAAUGUGGUAAACAUUCGGAACUACAAGUUCUAUCACUGUACCGCCUCAUUUACAUCUUCACAAUUUGUUCCAUACUUUAGAAGUUUAUUUACAUCACGUUUUAUUAUCAUUCAUAUUUUUGCAUUUCACUCUCACUCUGUUGAACCGAACACCUUCGGUAUAGGAGUAGGUGUUAAGAAGAAGACACAAAAAACAAUAAUUUGUUGUAAAAUGUUCCCAACGCGAUGUUCGUAUUCUAGGGGAUAGCAUUUAGUUUUUAUAUCGAAAUCUUACGAAAAACGAAAUAAACAAUUC